AAUAAUCUAGCAAGACGACAGGUGCAGAACGCUUAACCCAGUGUAUACUUACCAUCUGCCUUUCUCAUUGUGUGGCUGACCGUUGUUCCACUUCGCUGAAUCGAAUUAGACACAUCCCUUGUCUCUAUAUUCACGCAACCAUUUGCUCUCUUAUCUUCCUGAAUACACAAUAUUGUACAAGACCAACACAUCUAUAUAGUACCCUUCAGGAGCGGCUAUUAGACUACUACAUCAGCAAUGCAGGCCAUUAAAUGUGUUGUUGUGGGAGAUGGUGCAGUUGGAAAGACAUGUCUCCUUAUUUCAUACACCACUAAUGCGUUCCCGGGAGAGUACAUUCCGACUGUUUUCGACAACUACUCCGCGAAUGUUAUGGUGGAUGGAAAAACGAUCUCGCUUGGUCUUUGGGAUACUGCAGGGCAAGAGGACUAUGACCGUCUCCGUCCCCUUUCGUAUCCUCAAACAGAUGUCUUCUUGAUAUGCUUCUCUCUUGUGAGUCCUCCCAGUUAUGAGAACGUCAGGACCAAGUGGUACCCCGAAAUAUCCCAUCAUGCACCAUCGACUUCUAUCGUGUUAGUUGGCACAAAACUCGAUCUUCGUGAUGACCCUCCCACGAUUCAGAAGCUGAGGGACCGUCGAAUGGCUCCGAUUCAGUAUCCUCAAGGAGUUUCUAUGGCCAAAGAUAUCAACGCUGUUAAAUAUUUAGAAUGUUCUGCCCUUACGCAGAAGGGCUUGAAGACCGUCUUCGACGAGGCAAUCCGUGCUGUUUUGAAUCCCCCUCCGAAAAACGACAAAGGGAGCAAGAAGGGCAGCAAAUGCAUCAUCGCAUGAGUACACAGUGUACGAAGUUACAUAUAACAUUUGUUCGAUGGGCCACUAUUUUUUCGUUCUCAUAUCAUAUCAUGCCAAUUUACGUUCUGCUCCUCUGAUGAUGACUGAUGUUUUCGUAUAUUCUCUCUUUUGAUGGAUUUUGAAGAGACUCGUUCUUGACAUUCCUCUAUAUCCGUUGAUUCACUGUUCAUACUAUCGUGUAUACCUUGCCGAAAUUUUCUAAGAUGAAUGCCUAUGGUAGGGGCGUUUGCGUAACUGAGGAUUCAAUCUAUUCAGGGCCUCAGGAACAAAGUAGACACUUAUGUAAUAGCGAAACUUAUUGAUGAUCAUCAGUUGGCGGCAGCAUUUUC